CACCUCUCGCGACGUUUCCCGGACGUCGCGCGACCGGCGCCACCCGUUGCUAGGCACUACGCAGAGCAGAGCUCCAGGUUGGCGCCGCCGACGCCGCAAGAUGUCUCAUUUCACAUGUGAGGAUGAAGCUGUCUUGCAAUCCAUGCUUAGACAGUUGCUGCACAGUGUAAAGGAAAAAAUUGCAGGAGCACCAUCGGUAGAAUGUGCAGAAGAGAUUCUUUUACAUUUGGAGGAAACUGAUGAAAAUUUUCACAACUAUGAGUUUGUGAAAUAUCUUCGACAAUACAUAAGUAACACACUAAGCUCUGUGAUUGAAGAUGAAACUGAAAAAUGUACCUCUGCUCAAAAUCAGGGUGAGGUAUCUGGCUAUGACACUCUUGUCCAACAUGUUACCAAGAAGACUCGGGAAUCAAAAGAGUACAGAGAAAUGAUACAUUCUUUGAAGAAUGUUAUGAUGGUAGUGGUGGAAUCUCUGAUUAACAAAUUUGAAGAAGAUCAGAUGCGAAAUAAGGAGAUGCAUAGCAAAACCAAGAAAGAGCAACCUACUGGUUAUUAUACAGACAACUGCUCUGAUAGUGACUCUUCAUUUAAUCAGAGCUAUACUUUCAUGAAUCAAGAGCAGUUACAGCUACUUGUAGAAAGGCUUGACCCUGCUCAGCCUAUUGAGGUGCGUCAGGAAGCAUUGCAGACAUUGUGCUCUGCCCCUCCAUCUGAUAUACUAAAUUCUGAGAGUUGGCCUAAUUUACGGAAACAUCUAACAAUGUCUCUAUCGGAUCCUGAUUCCACGUUCAGUGACAAAAUUUUGAGAUUCUAUGUGAAGGGCUUUUCAUCUUGUCCACUUAGUAUGACAAGGGAAGUCUACACAAGUUUAGCAAAACACUUAGAGUUGUACUUCCUUUCUAGAGAAAAUCAUAUUCAUACUAUUUCAGCUGGUAUAGAUGUAACUAAUCCAGACACAAUUUGUUUACUUAAAAAGGUGCGUCUUUUAAAUGAAUACCAGAGAGAGGCUCCAUCUUUUUGGAUACGCCAUCCAGAAAAGUAUAUGGAGGAAAUAGUGGAGAGUACCUUAUCGCUGUUGUCAAUAAGACAUGAGCAAAACUGCCUUGUCUCUCUAGAGCUUUUGGAUCCAGUAUACUUUCUGGCUAUGCUUGAUAUCAAAGCUGUUUGGUUUAAAAAAUGGAUGCAUGCAUAUUAUAGCAGAACUGUGGUGCUUCGACUCCUUGAAAAGAAAUAUAGACUUCUGAUUAAUGCAGCUGUUCAACAGUGUAUUUAUUACUUUGAAUCAUGGGAGUCAGCAAUUGAUGGAACUUCAAGGGUUAAUGCUUUUGCCCAGCAGUAUAGCAAUAAACAGAAGACUUUCUACACAGGACAAGAAUUACAGUACAUCUAUUUUGUUCAUUCACUGUGCCUCUUAGGAAGAUUGUUGAUAUAUAAACACGGCAGAAAUUUAUUUCCUGUUCAGCUGGAAAACAGAAAAGACUUCAUAUCCGUAACAGACUUGUUGGUAUUGUUUAUUCGACUUAUUUAUUGCUCUCCAAGUUGUCCAAAGACAACUCUGACUGUGCACACAGGUGACUAUUCUCCUGCUGGCCUUGUUACGGAGGUGCUACAAGUUCUGUGUGACCAAACAGAAUGUGCUAGAGAAUGUUUAUAUACUAGUGAAGUGAUAGAUGCCCUACUUCAUCCUAUUCAUAAUGUACUUGAUGAAACAGAGAUCAAACAGAUGUAUAUAAGUUGCCCUGAGACCACAUUAAUGCACAUAGCUGACAUUUUAGCAAGGAUUGCAAAUGUAGAAGACGGUCUUUCUUUUCUUCUUUAUGGAGGAAAAGCAAAUUCUACCAAACAGGAUAGCCUUGCAGCAGUUCAUACAAUUGUUCAGUUUACAAAGGAACUUCUUGAUGACAACAUUUCUCUCUUUUCUGGAUCUGACCUGUUACCAGUCCUUAAAGGAGCUUUCAUUUUUGUAUGCCGUCAGAUGUACAGUACCUGUGAAGGUCUGCAGGUACUGAUUCCUUAUGGUUUGCAUGAAUCCAUUGCUGAGGCUUGGAAAAAGACAAGUUUGCUUGCAGAAAGAAUUCCAACUCCUGUAGCUAGUGCAGAUUCCUUUUCCUCAGUAAAUCAAGAGUCUCAGAAUAUUAUGGUAUGGGAAGAAACUUUGUUAGAUGAUUUGCUAAACUUUGCAUCUACUCCGAAAGGACUACUUCUGCUGCAGAAAACAGGCACCAUAAAUGAAUGUGCAAGCUUUAUGUUCAGCAGAUUGUCAAAAAAAUUCCAGGUGAAUGGAUGUGAACAAUUUGGUUAUGGAGUGAUUGUUACACAAAUGGCAGCAACAUCUCCAGGUGCGGUAGCUCUGGAGAGCUCAGGAUAUAUAAAAGCACUUUUAACAGAAUUGUGGGCUGUUCUGGAAUGUGGAAGGGAUGAUGUUAGGAUAACUCGUCCAAAAUCUACUCCAGUAGAUCCCAUUGACCGGAGCUGCCAAAAGUCUUUUCUAGCUCUGGUAAACUUGCUAUCCUAUCCUGCUAUUUAUAAGCUCAUAGGUAACCAGGAUAUACCAAAUAAACCUGAAUAUUCUCUCCGAGAAAUUCCUACAAGUAUUAUAGAUAUCAUUGACAGACUUAUAAUUUUGAAUUCAGAAGCUAAAAUUCACUCUUUAUUCAAUUAUGAACAGUCUCAUAUCUUUGGUCUAAGGUUGUUAAGUGUGCUGUGCUGUGAUCUAGAUACACUUCUGCUUUUAGAGUCCCAAUAUAAAGUGUCACAAAUUCUACUGAAUGCUCAGAAGGAGAAUGUCGUAGAAACUUCUGAUGGACCUGGAGAUUUUAUAAUUGAUGGUCUUUCUGUAGAGAGAAACCAUGUUCUCAUUAGGAUGAAUCUCAUUGGAGGACCACUGGAACGGAUUUUACCUCCAAGAAUACUAGAUAAGGGUAGUGAUCCAUAUCCCUGGCCAAUGUUUUCAUCAUUUCCUUUGCCAAGAUGCUAUCUUAAAGAAAUUCCUAAGAAAACUGAUGUCAGACAAGAUAGUAAUCUCAACAAGUUGUUGUCAUCUUUAAAAAAUCCAGAUAAGCAGACAGGAUGGACAGAGAAUUGUAGAAGACAGUUUUGCAAAAUUAUGAAAUCCAAACCUGAUCUCAUCAGUGGAACCAUUUUGGCAGAAUUAAUUGAAAAGUUUGUGUUGCAUCUUUCUGAAAGCCCAUCAGAAUGUUACUUCAGCUCUGGAGUCAAUAAAGCUGCUGAUGCAAAUGUGAACAAUGAAAGCCUUUUAUCUGUGCAACAGCUUGGCAUUAAAAUGACAGUCAGGUAUGGAAAAUAUUUAAAUUUAUUGAAAGACAACGCAGAAAAUGAUCUAUGUUUGGUGUUAAAGCAUGCUGAGAAAUUUCUAAAGGAGCAGAAAACAACUAUAAAUUCCUCACUUCGCUGUCUGCAGGGACAUUAUGCUGGCCAUGACUGGUUUGCAUCAUCUGUAUUCCUCAUAAUGUUAGGAGACAGAGAAAAAACAUUAACAUUUCUUCAGCAGUUCUCCCAUCUUCUCAUCUCAGCAUUUCUCUGGCUGCCAAGACUACAUAUGUCUAUACACCUAGCUAUUGAUACAGCAGAAUCUGGAAUCCAUCCAGUUUAUUUUUGCAGUGCUCACUACAUUGAGAUGUUGCUGAAGGCCGAGUUGCCGCUUGUCUUUUCAGCUUUCCACAUGUCUGGUUUCACUCCAUCACAGAUUUGUCAGCAAUGGCUAACUCAGUGCUUCUGGAAUUACAUGGACUGGAGUGAGAUCUGUCAUUAUAUUGCCACAUGUAUUUUUCUGGGUCCUGAUUAUCAGAUAUAUAUGUGUAUAUCUGUGUUCAGACAUCUACAGCAAGAUAUUCUGCAGCACACCCAGACACAAGAUCUCCAGGUUUUUCUCAAAGAAGAACCACUCCAUGGAUUUCGAGUGGCUGAUUACUUAAAGUACAUGGAAAGUUUGGAGCCAAUCUACAGGCCAGUUCUCCUGGGAGAGAUGAGAAGCAUUAAAGUACAUAGCACAUAAAUCAAGUGAACAAGUGUUUUAUUCUCAAGUUUUAGUUAUGUUUUAAACAGAUGCUGAUUGUUUUAUAUCAGUCUACAUAAAAAUUCAUGCUUUGUAAUUGUGCAUACUGUAAAAUCAAUAAUGGGGUUUUUCAGAAUAUAGGGUUUUUUUUAUAAAUGGACAUCCUCCAGAUAAGAUGGCCUAAAAAUAACGUAUUUUUCCAGCCAGGCUAUAUAUUCAGCCUUGUUUUCAUUUUGCAGAAGAUUGCUUCAGAGUCUGCUCUCAGAUUGUUUAGGAGCCUUAAUUGUGUUAUCUGGAAACUGUUCUCAAACAUUUAAUUUUGGUCACCUCCUAUUUCCACCAUCCUACUUUUAAAACUUUUAAAUUCUGAACAGGUCUGGCACUAAACAGUGGAACUGAGAGUAAUCACUUGAGUGGCUUGUAUUUAUGUGAAUGAGCAAAGGCAGAGCAGCUUUCUGAUAUGCAGCUGAUCUGACCUUGCAGUUAAAACGAAAAGGAGAAAAAGGUAUGUGCAGUGCAGGUCAAUGCCCCGUAUCACUUGCAGAAUAAAGGACUGAUACUCUUAACAGCCAUAUUGAUUUUUAAAAUCCCUCUAAAGCAGAAAUGUAUAUUUUAUAACUGUACAUGUAAUGUAUAGUCUCAGAAUGCCUAAAUGAACAAACAGCUACUAUGUUAUAUAUUGAUCAGGACAGUUAUUGUAUUAACUGGUUUGAUUCAUAUGUAUUACCAUUCUAUAAAAUAUUUUGCCAGUAAAAAGAAAGAUAGUUUUGAGGUAAAAAGUUGAAUCAAUGCUGAAUACCUCUUCACCUGAACUGGAGUCAGCUACAGGAAGUCUACCAAAGGGGUUGUAUUUGACACUAAGUUUUGAAAUUAUUGAUACAUAUAUGUUUUUAUACAUCAAUUGAUUACAAAAUACUGAAAUGUGCAUUUCAGUGCAUAUGAGCCUUGUUUUCCAACAAAAAAGUUUAAAAAUGGACAUAUCCAAACCAUUUGGUUAUUUAGCAUUUAUAGAAAAUGAAAGCCAAAAUAUAUUUUGAAAACAAAUAUUUAUAGAUAUUUUCUGAUUCUGAUUCUGUUUGUUGAUGACCUCAAACAGUUAAAUUCUUGACCUAAAAACUGUGGUUUAUAGGACUAAUUUUAUUACUGUAUUCCCUAUGAUGCUGCUAUAACACUAUAUAAAUCUAUAAAGAAAAUUCAGCAAGUACACUUGGUACACUGUACUCUACCCUAACUGCUAUGAUCUUAACAAAGGCCCCCUAAAGAUGGCUCAGAAGGCACACAGUCUACUUUCAAAAUGCAUUUUCCAAACUUGUUUCCCAAUAAAAAUAAGUUUGUUUCAAUUUCUCUCUGUUAUAUUGGUGAAUUACUGCAUUUGGUGCAAAGAACCUUGUUAUACUUUAUUACUUUUAAAAAAAAUUGCAGCACAAUAAUUGAAAAAAACAGGAAAAAAGACAAUAGUUUUAAAUUGCUUUUUGCCUUUCUUGAUUGGAAUCCGAGGAAAGAUGAAACAGAUAAAUAUUUAUACUUCGGAACACUGAAUCCAGCCUGUGCUCUGUGACCAAGUUUUAUCUCAUUAAAAGUCAUUUGACUACAUACACAAUUAUUUGGUUGAUAACAAUGUUAAACUAUGCUAAUUCUUGCUAGUCUGUAUGAUCUUAAUUUUGUAUCGUAUUAUAUAUACUCCAGAUCUUUUGACUCAAAAACAGAUGUGAUUGGGGUUUUUUUGUUUUCCUUGAUUUUUAAAAUUGAAGUACUUUGUACUUUAAAUAACCUCAUAAAUAUUACUGAAGCUGUAUGAGUGAUCAUAUACAAAUCGUCCAUUAUGAGCUGCUACCAAUUUAAAAUAUCUCAACCUUGAAGACCAAAGGUUACUUGACAAGGGUUAUUUUGCAUGGAAUUGUAAAGCAAGGAAAUAUUCCCAGUCUGUCCCAGUUGCUCACAUCCAGGAUGCUGCCCAGCCACUGCAAGUAUCAGAAGAAAAAGAGCAUCGCUCAGCUGUUCCAGAGUUUGGAGGAAUUUGUAUAGACUGUCUAGCAACAGUCAGUGCUCCAGUGUUCUGGAAAUAGACUACUUACAUGUCUGUACAGCAAAAUGAAGGUGUGAUUGUAUUUUGGGUAGGGGCACGCGUGCUAUCUUUAAUGUAGCUAGCCUGGAUAACUAUUGAAGUGAAAACCUAGACACAGCAGAGAGACACUUUCAAAGGGUUAGCAACCAGAGUAGAUGCCCUCCAAGAACUCGAUUUGUGUAUUCUGCUCAAGUCUGUGUUUUUGCAUUUUAGCUGCUACUUAUCCAUGAUAUCUAGAUUAUAAAUAGAAUGGAUACAACUAGCCAAGCUAUAAUCAACCCGUUAUUUUGCAGCACAGACCCGCUCCACGUAGGUUACAUCCAUAGUUUGCCUGAGGUUAGUGUCUCUUGUUUCUGUUCCACCUCAUCUUCUUCAUUGAAAAAGACUGAAUUCAGUUAAGUUUUAGCCCAGUGUGCUACAAGAGAAAUGGUUCUAAUUCUGUGCUUUUACUAGUAUACAUAUCUGCAAUGCACACCAAUUAGUAUUCACCAAUUUUUAAUAAAUAGUGAUAUCUAAGAAUAACUUCCAUUUGUACUUAAAACAAGACGUGAUUCCAAUUGGUAAAGGUUGACUUGUCAAAGACUAGGAAAUGAAUAAAUGUUUAUAAAAGAUGAACACUGAGUAGAUUUCUUUUUACUUUAUACAUUUGCAGGCAGAGACAAACAAUAAACUGACACUUUACAUUUCUAAAUUUAAUUUUAAACUCCAGAUUCAAUAUUUUGCAUUUUGUUCCAGUUUUCCUUCCUCCACCAAACUACUUGUUAAAUUGUAAGUAGUGAUAUACUUUCUUUCUUAAACUUACUAGCCUUGCAAAAUUGUUCCCACCUUUUGCAGAACAAAGGAGGAAGGCAUGUGUGAUCUCUGCCACAGUCGUUUAUGUAUACAUUGUAACUCCAAGCAUUUGUAUGCAUGUUCUUUUUCAUUAAAAAUAACUUGAGACGAUCAGGAGUCA